GUGCACGAUAUUUAUUUUUUCUUCAGAUGCGCACUGUACUUAUUGUAAUCGUUUGUGUUUCUGAGCUGCUGUUAAGUGAUGGAUAUAUCGUGAAUUAUAAACACAGAUGUGACUGUAAUGAAGUCAGUCACGGUUGGCGGCGAGAUGUGUGGCAGAAAGAAGCAAUUCACUUUUGUUUCCCAAGAGGGCACGAAAACAAGAAGUGUGAAGUAUUUGAUGCCGAACUUGUCGGAAUCGACUGUACCCGCUAUGGUAGAAACUACCAUUUACAAGGAGGUUAUCCAAACAGGAUAGCGGAGUGCUGCGAGAAACAAGGACAGCGACUUGUUAAUUGUGAAAGAAUAAAUGCUAAUUUCUCUCACGUCGAAAAUAUCAACAUCAUGUACUUCGAUAAAGUCUUGACCAGGCUAUAUAGCUUUAUAGAUAAAAGCAACCCAAUGUUAUUUCAAAUAGAGUUGUGUGAAGUGGAAUUCUUUGAUGUACCAGUACCCACACCUUCACCAAACGGAAAUACUUCAUCACCAGUCACGACGAAAUCACCAGGUGGAAUUCCUGUUUCUAUGCCCACGGACCCUCCAACACCUCAACCUGUGGUAUAGGAUUGUCCAGUUUCGAGGAAAAGCAAAAGAAGCCUGUUCAUGUUUUUGUCAUGUAUGAGAUUUACUAUA